UGUGUGUGGAGGGGGGGUGAAAAGGGGCGUCCCUCUCGUGGGCCCUCCCCGGCCCUGCCCCUUCACAUGGAGGAGUAUCUUGUAGCAGGUCCUAAAACUGGAAACUCAUUCAGUCCCCUCUGAAUGGAGCGUCUUUAACGUGAGAGUGAAGGACUAAACUUCCAGCACGACGACAUGAGAGCCUUGCCUUCGGUCCUGGCGGGAGCCUUCCUGACCCUGCUGCUCUCCCUCCCCGCUCCAGGUCAUGGAGAGUCCUACUUCGGGGACAGCGUCUGCACUGUACAAACCUCCCAGGAUGUGUCCACGUUCCACCUGUCCCUGCAGAUCAAGACGAGUCGGAGAAGUGGCCUGGUGCUUCUGGCUGCAGGGCAGGAGGACUACCUGUUCCUGGAGCUGCAGAACGGGAGAAUACAGGCACGAAUGAACAUGGGAGCUGGAGAAGUGACACUGUCCUCAUCCCCAGCAGUAGUGCUGAACAAUCUUGUGGAGCACCAGAUCUCACUCACACUGCAAGACAGGCAACUCACCAUGACGAUAGACGAGAUGUUUCCAACAUAUGUUCCGGUCAGCAGCGACGGCGAACAGCUCAAUAUCGACCUGGGCAUUUGGAUCGGAGGAGUAGGAGAGCUGGACGUUCCCUACCUCAGCAGCGCCAUCCAGCCGUUCCGUGGGUGCAUUUCAGAAGUCAAGUUUGAAUCCCACCAGUUUGAUAUCCUCAGCAAAGUGUUUAAACAGUGCCAUGACACCAAGGAAUCCUGCAGCAGUGAGUUUGAGGCCAGUGAUGGUGAAACAACCAGUUUCACCACCCCAUAUUCCUUCAUAUCUUUUCCAACCUGGAGUGGGGCCAGUGGUGCUUCGAGGUCCUUGGAGUUCCUAAUGAAAACCACCAUUGAAGAUGCUUUGCUGGUUUUCCACCCUGGUCAUGAAUCAGACUUCAUUGCCGUUGGUGUUUCUAAAGGCUUUCUCAAAGGCAUUCUAAAUCUCGGCAGUGGCAAGAAGGUGCUCGAGCAUCCACUCAUGCAGCUGGAUGAUGAUCAGUGGCACAGAGUUAAAGUUCAGAUCAGUCCGGAGGCUUUCAACAUCAUAGUAGAUAGUCAGAUUUCCUCCCUCCCUCUGAAUCCAUCAGAGAAACUGGACUUGAUUGGAAGCCUAUAUUUAGGAGGCAUCCAGGAAAAAAUGAAAGACUACUUUCGUGAUAGUGAAUCCUUGACUCUCGUAGAGGAGGAAAUAACAUCUGAAUCCUUCAUCGGGUGCUUAGGAGAAAUCAAAAUAAACCAAAAGGAUAGAAGCCUGCAGGAUGCGUUGGUGACCAAAGAUAUUCAUGCAAAAUGUGAAGGAGAGGACUACGACUAUUCAACAGAUGAUUACACCGAGGCAACUACAACCUCUCCACCCGUUUACCGAUUCAGUGAUGUAGACCUGACUAAACAGCAUUGCUACCCAACAGACAGUUUACCAGACAUAUUUAAAAAUGUCACAAACCUCCUUGAUGUCAGCCCGUUGUUUGUGACCGAUGGUGGGGAAGUUUUCCUUGACCUCAUCAACCUACGCCCUACGUUUGAUCUUGGCACUGCAGGAAUACAGCAAUCCGACAUUGUAUUCACUCUUCUAGGCGAUCCCUCUUACGGCCUGAUUGAUAUAAACGUUAACUCAAAGCACAAUCAAAGAUUCACUCUUCUAGAUGUUGUCAAUAAGAAAAUUAAGUACAUGCAUGAUGGAAAUGAAAGGCAUACAGAUGAGAUCCGCCUAGAGGUGGUUGCUCGCAGUAAUGACUACCUACCAGAAUGUCUAAAAUCCCCCCAUGAGUACAUCCUGACAGUUGAAGUUCUUCCUGCCGGUGAUAAAACACAACCUAGUGGAGGAGAGUUCGACAUCACAGAACGUGGCAGGACUCUCUUGAAUCCCAGCCUUAUCAACAUCAUGGACUCUGACACCCGUUGCAAUAAAUUAGUAGUCACUGUGACUUCAGAGCCAUCCGUGGAAGUUGGUUACUUCGAGAAUAGACAACUGCCUGAAAGAAAGAUCUUGAAGUUCACUUGCAGGGAGUUGAGAGAUGGAAAUAUUUACUUUGUACACAGAGGGGGUAGACCUGCUGGGAUUACCUUGGAAGUAUCUGACAGACAGGCUGUGAGCUAUUCCACCACUUUAAAGCUAUCUGUGACACAAGCCCACAUGACCAUCGUCACCAACACUGGCCUUCUUCUGACUCAAGGCACCAACUCGUCCAUAGGUGUUCAGAAUCUGGCCGUCCUUGCUCAUCCUCGUAACGGGGAUGUUAUGUAUAACAUCACACAACCCCUGCUAUUUGGAGAACUGCAGAUUAUGACAGGUAAUGGAUUAUACAAGCAGGUUACAAGUUUCCAUCAAUCUGAUUUGGAUCGAAACUAUCUAAGAUAUGUCAGCACAGACUCAAAAGACCAGGAGGACAUAGUGGUGGAGAGGGUUCAGUUCGAUACCCACCUGGGACAGUUCUCCCUUUGGAACAACAUUUUCUUGGUUAAGAUCACCCCAGCACCAGUGAAAGUUUCUAAUGUGGUUGGACUGGAGAUGGUGCCCGGCGAAGAGCAGACAAUUGGAUCCACAGAACUUCUGGCUGAAGUGAAAGGGAAAAACCCAGAUCCACAAACUGUAAAAUACAUUCUUGUCAAGCCUCCAACUCUGGGUAGUCUUCAUGUGUUAGACAAAGAGCUUGCUGAGGGUGACACGUUCACUCAGAGGGACAUUUUGGACAACGCUCUUAGCUACAGGGCGCGUGUGCAAAGAGGUGGAGGAAAAACAGAUGAGUUUCAGUUCAGAGUUGUUGCAGAUAGUCAGUACUCUCCGCUGUAUAACUUCCCGAUUACCAUCUUUGGUAACGAAGAUAUUGUUUGGACUAAUGAGAGGUUGAUUGUCCUGCAGGGCGGUGAACACACGCUGAACAAAGACUAUCUUUGGCUGGAGUCAGAAGGUUCAACAGAUAUCGUUUAUCGAGUCACACAAGAGCCAAAGUAUGGACGGCUGAUGAGAAAGUCCCCUCCCGGCCUGCCGAGGUUCGAGGGUGCAAUUAAAGUUUUCAGUAAUGAAGACCUCCAUCUUGACAGGCUUACUUACAAGCAUGAUGGCUCCAAGACAACCAGUGAUGAGUUCUACUUUACAGCAUUUGAUCAAGCUGCAGGAAGUCCAGACAAUAAUGCAAUAAGGAGUGAUGUUUUCACAAUAUCAAUCCAGUCCAAGAACGAACAUGCGCCAGUGAGGGUCGUAGACAAGGUGCUGAACGUGGUCCGUCACGGUCAGCGCCUGUUAACAACUGAUGUCAUCAGGUUUAAGGACGACGACUCCAAUUUGAAUGACACCCAGAUUGUCUAUGCUCGUGAAGGAAUCCUCUCGGGUAAUAUCGUCUCAACAUGGAAUCCAUCACAGCCUCUUUACCGCUUCACACAAGCAGACCUGCACGAUAAACACGUCCUCUUCAUCCACCACGGAGCAGACCGGGAACGCUUCUCGCUGCAGGUGUCAGACGGCUUACACAAGACCACCGCGCUGCUUGAGGUCCAGGCGAGCGAGCCCUACCUGCGAGUGGUGAACAACACAAUCGCUGUCAUCGACCACGGGAGCACCAAGACCCUCAACACCACCCUCUUGAGUGCUGACACCAACAUGGACAUCAGGGAUGACAGCGAAAUCAAGUUCCAGGUUACAUCACCGCCCAGCGAUGGUAGAAUCAUUGUGAGUGGGAUUGAGGCGUCAGCGUUCACCCAGGAGGACCUGAAAAAAGCCGUUGUGUCGUAUGAGCAUGAUCACGACAGUCUGAGGUCCAAGGACUCCUUCAGCUUCACCGUCCAGGCCGGAGGACAUUCAGAGGAGGGCACAUUCAAGAUCAAAAUAUUCAAGAAAGGAUACCUUUCUGAGCCUGAAGUGGUGACCAACGAGGUCAUCAUUUCCUUCGAGGGAGAACACUCUAUAAUCAGCCCAGAUCGUCUCAAGGUGGAGCAAGCUGACAUCCUGCCCUCAGAAAUGGUGUUCACCAUCAAACAGCUUCCUCGGCUCGGUCACGUGGUCAAGGUGAUCAACAGCUCAGACUCGCCCGUUCUGGACUACAUUCACACCUUCACGCAGAGCGACAUCGACCGCGAGCUCAUCCUCUACGUGUCUGCGUCCGUCCAGGGCAGCGACGCCUUCACAGUGGACGUCAGCAACGGCUUCAACGCCGUGGAGAACCUGCAGAUCUCUGUGAACAUCGUGCCUCGGCUCAUCCCCGUGCAGAUCUUCAACUUCACCGUGCGGGAAGGCCUCAGCACAGUGAUCAACGCAGAGGUUAUCAACAUCUCGCAUCCUUUCUACAGAACAGCCAGCAUCGACUUCACUGUGGAGGAUCCGCCGCAGCACGGGGAGAUCCGCUACCAGGAGGGAGACGAGCUGACGUACUUCACAUGGAACGAGGUGAAACUCGGGAACAUCUUCUACAUGCACGACAGCACGGAGACCAGCGAGGACAGCUUCACUCUGUCUGCCUCUGCCUACGAGCUGGACCGCCGCAGCCCCCCCCUCUCCAUCACAGUGACCGUCAUCCCAGUCAACGACGAGCCCCCGAUACUGACCCGGAACACAGGACUGGAGGUUCUCGCUGGAGAGGAAGCUGACAUCACCGCCGACAUGCUGAGCACCGAGGACGCCGACACGCCGGCAGAGGAGCUGGUUUACUACCUGGAGACGCUGAGCAGCGGCUCGGUGACGCUGAAGGAGGCGCCGGAGAGGAGCGUCCUGAAUUUCACCCAGGCGCAAAUAAACAGAGGGGAGGUCAUCUUCGUGCACGAGGGUGAGGACUCGGGUGGUUUCGGUUUCACCGUGACAGACGGAGAGCACACGUCUCCUCUCUUCCGAUUUGUCGUCACAGCGAGGCCUCUCACUAUCACCAUGGUAACACAGGAGGAGCUCGUGGUGUUUCCAGGAACGAGGCAGCUCAUCACCGGCGCCAACCUGGGGGCUGAGACCAGCGAGGAUGGAAAUGAGAUAAGCUACUCGCUCGUCCGCCCGCCUCGUCUGGGACGACUCAUCCUGGCCAGCGAUAAGAACCAGUUUGAGGAAAUCGCCCGCUUCUCACAGUCGCAGCUGGAGUCGGGCCUGGUCUUCUAUGAGCACCAGCUGCCGGAGGAGCCCUUCUGGGCGGUGAGGGACUCUGUGGAGCUCACGCUGUCCUCACAACCGGCCUCAGACGUCCACCACGUGCUGCCCAUCACCGUGUCCUACUACGCCGCCCACAGCAACAUCUCCUCCCAGCUCUGGAGGAACAAAGGCCUGGAUAUCGUUCAGGGCCAGAGGAAACCCAUCGACGCCUCCAUCCUCGAUGCCUCCAACCUCCUGGCCAGUCUGCCCGAGUCCGACCGGGCCGAUGCAGACGUGGUGUUUGAGGUCAGGCGCUUCCCCGCGUCGGGGCGUCUCGCUCUGAGUGGGGAGGACCUGCCGCGCGCCGCCCCGACCUUCACGCAGAGGGAUGUGCUCGGAGGGAGCCUGGAGUAUCUCCAUGACGACUCCGGGGCCGCGUCCGACAGCUUCUCUUUCAGGGCUCGGCUGAAGUCCGGAGGUCAUCGGGCCGAGUCUGUGGUCCUGGAGGAGGUCUUUAACAUCUCCAUCAGACGACGCGGCUCCGACGCCCCCGAGCUGGUCCCCACUGACAUGUUAUUGGAGGUUCUUCAAGGCUCCGUGACCGUCCUGACCCAGAAGCAUCUCAACACCCAGGACGAGGACAGUCCCCCGGACGAGGUCAGCUUCAAAGUGACCACGGCGCCCGCCAACGGCCGGCUCGUGGACCCCCGCACCAAGGAGCCCAUCUCCGAGUUCACACAGGAGAUGGUGAACCGGGGUCAGGUGGGCUUCUACAGCGACGGCAGCCUCGCCGGCAGCUUCGUGGAGUUCGUGGUGUCGGACGGCGAGCACCAGACGGCGCCGCACACGCUGCACAUCGGCGUCUUGGCUCACACCCUGUUGCUCGACAAGUCUCCCGAGAUCAAGGUGAAGCAAGGGGACGACGAGACGCUGGUGAGUGAGGAGAUGCUGAAGGUCACCACCGGGGGCCCCGUGGAGGAGGACAUCCUCUACAAGAUCACCAGCGCGCCCAAGUACGCGGCUGUGAUGGUGGACCGGCAGCCCACCUCGGCCUUCACGCAGAAGCAGAUCCGCGAGGGCCGCGUGAGCGUGCGCUUCGUCAAGUCCACCUCGCCCCGCGACAGCGUGGCCUUCGUGGCCCGCAGCCGCGCCGCCAACGUGUCCUCCUUCCUCAACAUCACGGUGCAGCCUCUGGCCCACAUCGCCCGGGACCCCCUGCUGCCGCGCGGGGCCCUGGUCCAGCUGGACCGGAAGCUGCUGGACGCGUCCCCUCUGGCCAACAAGACCAGGAGCUCCCCGACCUUCACCGUCAUCCAGCAGCCGCGCGGCGCCCGCUUCGUCCAGCGCGGCGGCGCCGACGCGGGCCGGCCCGUGGACACGUUCAGCCAGAGGGAGCUGGACGAGGGGCGGGUGGCGCUGGAGGUCCUCGACCGGUCCCCCGGGGCGCGGGGGGGCGUCACCAAGGACGAGGCCCGCUUCCUCCUCAAGGCCCACGCGGUGCCGCCGGCCGAGUGCGUGCUGGCCUUCCAGACGGGCCCCUUCAACGCCUCGCGGGCCUACGCCGCCACGCUGCUCAGGGUGCCCGACCCGCCCCGCGCCACCGCAGCCGGGCCCCACUGGAGGGGCGGCGCCGACGGGCCGCGCGCGGGCGCCACCGCCGCCGCGCCCGCUGACUCCGGCGCCGACGGCAGGCGCGUGUCCCGCCGCAGCGGCCUCUGGUCCAUCCUCGUCCCCAUCCUGGUGAUCCUGCUGCUGCUGCUGCUGGCCGCCGGCCUGGCGUUCUACCUGGUCCGCAAGAACAAGACGGGCAAGCACGACGUGCAGACGGCCGGCGCCAAGCCCAAGAACGGAGAGGUGGCCAGCGCCGAGACCUUCCGCAAGACGGACCCGGCCAACAGCAUCCCCAUGUCCAACAUGGACUCCAAAGACACGGACCCGGAGCUGCUGCAGCACUGUCGGACAACGAACCCGGCCUUGAAAAAGAACCAGUACUGGGUCUGAGACCGAUGAGACACGUCAAGUCAGUAUUACAGUAUUACAGACCUCUUGCCACAGGAGCUCAAAUGAAAAUACAUUGGUUGGUACGAUCGCUUCCUUCAACACAGCUGUGGACGAAUUCUCAGGCAAUGAAACACUGAAUCCGUUUUGGCGAAGAAAGAGGCCGUUCUUAUUCUAGGAGUCGCGUGCCGUCGCUAUUUAUUUUAGUUCGUUCGAUCCGCAGAUAGACAUGAACAUGACAUAUGUUUGCAAAAUUGUAUGUAAGUGCUCCGUCAUUGUAUUCCAUGUGAUAGGCCGAUAUUAUUAGAGUGCAUAAGUGAGUUCCACGUUUAGUUUUUGCAUCAUCUGGAGCGUGAGGUAAAUAUGUGCUGCGCCAUCGGCCGCCUCUCAGUGUUUAAAGGUGUUUGCUGUUCUCAGGGCGAAAUUCAGUUCCAAGGAUGCCAUGGACUCACCUAAAGUUAGACGAACAAACACAUAAGCUGAUUCCACAAAGGGUUAAAGUGAUCCUCUAACGUCGCCACAGCCUUUUACUAAAAACAUGCACACGUCCCGGCGUGGACCGUGCUUCAGAACCUGCUUGUAAAUAGUCACUGGGCUCAGACUAGUGGACCACAGUCAGGACGGAAAACCAGCAGCAGCCCAUGAGCGCUGAGGACUGGAGGCGUCUCAAACUGGGACCAUCCCAGUUCCCAGAGCUUAUUGAACUGGUCAGUGUUGGGCGGAGAUCGAUCAAUAAAGACGCUGGUAAGAUUCUGUUCACUCCGAGUCUGAGGAGCUGUUCUUAUUCAAGCAUUCCAUAUGUAAGCUGAGUAUAGAGGCCAUAUAUUAGCUAAUUAGUUUUGUGUUGAGACUAAACAGAGCGUUACUGUAAACACAAUGUAUUUUUUUCUUUCUGAACCGAUUGCUGAAUGAAGUAAUGAAGCUGAUGGAACCUGACGACUUCCACUAAAUCUAAUUGUGCUGUACAUUUCAUUUCUCAUACUGUUUGGUGAUGAACCUUUUGUUUGUUUGGCACAUUCUGGAUGUUUAACAGCUGUUUGUUUUUUUUUUUUUUUGCUGACUUUGAAUCUUGUUUUAAAAGCAGGAAACAUAGGGAGAGACUUGAACGGCAGCACAGAGCUCAGGAAGUGAUGUGUUCAGGAGACGUGUGAUUCCAAUGACUGGGCUCAGGUUCAGGGAAACGCAUGGCAGUGGCUGUAACCAACAGCAUGUAGUGUAAACGUGUGUUUGUGUGCAGGUCUCAUCUCUCUCCUCUGUUUACUCAAGCUUCACUUCAUUAUUAAGUUUCAUCACCGUCGCUCAUGUUUUUAUUAUUUAUUGCUUCUGUCGUCCCCGUUCAUCAAAGAUAAAACAGCGGAACGCACGCGCCGAGUCACAGAUUAGACAUUUACCUGUAGACGGAGAAAACAGUUGUGGUGUUUAAAAUCCUGAGCAGCGGCGAUUCCUGUUAAAGCUGCAUUUGGACUUGUUCUCAGCACCGAUGGAAAUAAAGGUUUCAUGCAACAAAG